AUGGCCAAGGGGCCAACACCUGGACAGAUGAGGGCAGGGCAAUGGAACCAGGAGCUGCCAAAGUUCAUCAGCCCUGAGCAGCUGCCCGUGGAGUUUGGGGGGACCAUGACUGAUCCUGAUGGCAACCCCAAGUGCCUGACCAAGAUCAACUAUGGGGGUGAGGUGCCCAAGAGCUACUACCUGCGCAACCAGGUGAGGAUGCAGUAUGAGCACAAGAUGACCGUGGCCCGAGGCUCCUUCGUGCAGGUGGAGAACGAAAUCCUGUUCCCGGGCUGUGUGCUCAGGUGGCAGUUCGCAUCACAUGGGGCAGACAUCGGCUUCGGGGUUUUCCUGAAGACCAAGACGUGUGAGCGGAAGCGGGCGGGGGAGAUGGUGGAGGUGCUCCCCAUCCGGCGCUACAAAGCCCACCUGGUACCUGAGGAUGGGAGCCUCGCCUGCCUCGAGGCUGGCAUCUAUGUCUUGAGGUUUGAUAACACUUAUAGCCUAGUUCAUUCCAAACACAUCAACUCCACUGUGGAGGUGCUGCUCACUGACCAAACCUUUGUGGAGAAGACGGAGAGAUCCUGGGGACUGCUUGGCCAGAUCCGGGGCACGUGUCUUAUGUUCUCUGUGGCCCCGUCCAGCCUGUGCUGA